CCUAUAAAAAUUAAAAUAUUUUGCAAUGUUAUAAAAUUCGAAUUAGAAGCCAUUAUUGUAUGAAAAACACUUUAAAUAACCGUGUUACCGACUAAAUUUCGACGAUAUAUAAAAAGUAGUUAUUUAUGCUAAAUAACCGUGGUUAUUUUUUUUAAUAAAAGUCGCAGGUACUUAGAACUGCGUGAGUACGUUAAAACCUGACAAUAAAUAAAGUGAUUGUGUUCAUCUAAGGUUAAUUUAAUGAAAAAUAUAAUCGUAAUUUAAUUGAAUUUGAACACGGAGCGCCAUCUCACAAGCUGUGUUGCAACAACUAAUAGAAAUCGUUAGAAAUGUCUAUAAGCUCGCAUGAAAUAAUUAUAACUAAUAUUCAAUCAGGAGACACCAUUUCCUACCCUAUACCAAUAAUUAAAGGAGUGAUUAAAAAUAACGCUAAAACACUGUGCCAAAGUGAUAAAAUUUGCCUUAAGACAACUACAAAUACCUCUUAUUUUAAAGUAACAAACAACAAUUUUACUAUUCUGAUUGAAUUAGGAAUUGGUGAAAAUAAUAUUGAUUUACACUACUGCUGUUCAGCGCACCCUUUUGUCAUAAAUUAUUUUCCUCGCUCAACACAAUUUACGGUACUUCCCUUGUAUAUCAUAUGUGAAGGUCAUGAUGGUAAUUUUCAAUCCCCGAACACAGAAGUAAACACUACCGAAAGCGCACUAAAAAGAAUAACGUUGUGUUCGAAAUUAUUACAAAGUGUUAUUGCGGAGAAAUUAUACGAAGAAAACCACGGAAGAAAAACUUUUCAACUAGAGAAUAACUGCACAGUUUUUAAGAGUCGUUUGAAUUAUUUAAAAGCAAGAAAAAUGAAUCAAAAUGAAUUAUGGACUGCCAUUGGGGAAGAAAUUGUUAAUUCAAAUUUGGAGUACGAAAGAAUUAAGUUCCUUGGAUUUCUCUCAUGCACAAAUUAUCGUGGAGAAAACUACCAUGAAAAUCUGGACUACGAUGACGUCUUAAAAAUUACUGAAGCAUAUGUUGCUUUAGGAGGAGGGGGUUUAGCUUUAUUUGGCACAGCAUGUCUUUACGCGUGGCCCGAAACUUUAUCGCAAGUAAUACAAAGAUUUGAAGAUCGUACUAUCAUAGAUCGAACUAAAUUCAUGGACGACAGUUGUUAUAAAGGAACUUUAGGAGCUUGUUUUUCAACAACUUUGGGUUCAGUUUUACAUGAACUGUGUCACACUUUUGAUCUAGGCCACACUGAAGUAGGCAUCAUGGGUAGAGGAUUCGAUGAUAUUUAUAAAGAUUUUUUGUGUGAAGAAAGAUUAGAUCAAUCAAAUGAUUUGGAGUGUCAAAAACUGAAAGAAAAAUCUGGAUAUGGAAGUUUAGGUAAAUUCGUAAGAGAAAGAAGAAAGCAAAAAGGAAUUGUGAACAACAUUUUCUUAACGAAAAGUUGUGUUACUAUUUUAGCUUAUCACAGGUGGUUAAAUAGUUUUCAGUUGUCGGAUAAAGUAGUCAAAUUUGAUCCUCUCACCAAACUGGUAAGUUCGACAGCAGGUCUCAGAGUCAUCGAAUUGCGCGACGAAGAAAAUGGAAUGGUUCUUCUUCACUGGAUUUUCGAUGGUAGAAUACUGAAAUACUCAUUUAAGCUUCCCGAAGAAGAUUUACAAAAAUAUGGCUGCAAGUAUGUGGUGUUUGUUGAAGACAACCAUGGAAAUAUUUUAAAACAUGUAAACAUGUAAACAAAAAAUAAAACUCUGAUUUUUUUUAACCGUCUGCAUCAUUAUUCUCUGUUACUUAUAAUUGCAUAACACCUAUUAACGUCUUAGAUGAUGUUGUUGUUUUAAAUAGAACGGAUUUAUAAUUGGACACCUACCGCAAACUUUUACUGUCAGUAAGAAGCCUCCACUGCACAGUUUUUCCUCUUCGUUCCUUUUUCUAAGAUGAACAACACAAUAAAUUCGCUUGUUUCUGUUGAGUUUGAGGUUUUCGGAAAAGUGCAAGGUGUUUACUUUACAAAAUAUUGUAAAGAAAUGUCCGAAGAUCUUGGCAUUACUGGAUGGGUUAAGAAUACAAAAAAGGGAACCAUCCAAGGAAAACUACAAGGUUCGAAGGGUAGCGUAGAACAAAUGAUUAUUUGGUUAUCAAACACUGGAUCUCCUGGUAGUAAAGUUGAUCAUUGUGAUUUAACCAAUUGGCAAACUUUGGCUAAACCGGAUUUUAGAGGAUUUACGAUUAGGUUUUAGAAGUAUAGAAAAACGCAAAAGUUUUAACAGUCUGAUCGUUGUAUUUUAUAUUAAGGUAAUUAUAUAUAUAUUUUAUUUCUUGUUGU